UACACCCACGCAGAACAGCAGUAGCUAGCAUGAGGCAGAAAAAAUAAAACGAAAUGGCAGAAAAAAAAGGAAUCAUUUACAACACCCCCCACCCCCACCCCCACAAACAUCCACCACCUAAUCUGCUCCUAGAGUGUGCUACAGGCUGCGGCCGCCCCCAUCAGCCCACACUCCUCCCCCAGUCUGGGCUCGGGCUCAGGGAUCACCAGGCGAGUCAGGAGCAGGUGGGGGGGAGGCUGUCAGAAAACCCAGCUGGGCCUUCCACCCACUGAGCCUAAUUAAAAUCUGAGGCUGGCACAGCUCGUUACACUUGUGCAGCCUGGUUUCUGUAGACCACAGGUUAAAGACCAUCGCGGUCUUUCAUCUGCUUUCCCUCCCACUCCCCAGUGCUGGGUUUUUUAGAGGUGCAACAUUUUUGAGAAGAAACGGAAAGAAAAAAAAGGAACGCAACCAGUCCGCCCCCACUAAUGCACACGCCCACACGUGCUCGCAUGCACCCCUGUUCUCUGAGUGUGUGCGCGCGCGAGUGUGCAAUCUGGAGCAAAGAGUCAAGCACUGCCACAAGACAGCAGCACAGUGUGCUUGCAAGGCUGCAUGCAAUGUGCAGUUAAAGCCCCACGGUGGUCACUGGACAGCUCAGAUAACCAGGGAUGGCGAGGGGAACGAGAUUAACAAGGGUGCCCAGAAUUCUCCUAGAGCUGGGGUAAUUGCAAGUGCACUGGUCUAUCAACAUCACGAGAAACUGGUUACCAUGGAGACCAGCAAGCAGGGAUGUUUAAGUGCUCCAGCUCCUAGCAAGCAACUAGUUCAGCCCACAAGUAGCUCAGUAACAGUAUGGGGAGAAGACAGGAUGCACAGUAUGCAGCCACCUAUGCCCACAGUGUAUCUGAACACACUGGGCCUGCCCAUGUAUCCACAGCUACAACCCCUGCCCAGCCAGGACUCUGUGACCAUCCACCUAUCUGUUCCUCAGCUGCAUGAGAGCAGGGGAUCAGUUGAUCCCAAACAGAGCCUGCCCACGCUUACACUCAGCAUUGUCAAUGGGAUGCCCAUGCUGCAGCAGGGCCAGAGGUUAGCCGGUACAGUGGCAGGGAAGCCCAGGUCUGCUGGCAAACAUGUGUGUGAGCACUGUGGCCGUGACUGCUUGAAGCCCAGCGUUUUGGAGAAACACCUGCGCUGCCACACUGGUGAGAGACCCUACCCCUGCACCACCUGUGGUAUUGCCUUCAAAACUCAGAGUAACCUCUACAAGCACAGGCGUACUCAAGCACAUGCCCGCUUGUCCUCAGAGUCAGAGAAGGGGGGAAGCAGCAGCCAGGAGGGCUCCCAGGGGUCCACAGAAACAUGCCCAGAAAGCCACUCUCUAGGGAGCUUGGAAGGACCACAAAGUGAAGAAUCAGGAAGCUUUGAGAAGGAAUCUGCUACAUGUCCAGCAGAGCUCAUUGCCCAUAGCUCAGCUAAAGAUCCGGCUGAGCAGGGAAAAGCAACAACAGAUACUGGGUGGGCUUUGCAUCAGGCUGCUUUGGUAGGCCUCAUACUUGCACCUGUGAAUGGAAACCAAGAGAAGCUGUGCUCCAUAACUCAGAAAAGGGAGCUGUCAUCUGGAGCCGAGCACGGCACCAUUACUAAUCUACAGAAAAGUGAGGAGGUUGAGAGAACUUCUCCACAUGCUCCAAAUCGACACCUUCCUCUUCAACGGCAGGAAGCCACUUACUUUUCAAAGAAGUGGGACUCCAGAGCCUGUAGUGGGAAGUCCCAGAGCCAUGACAGCACUGACUCUGGGUACCUGUCCCAUUCGGACAGUGGUGAACAGCAGUCAUGGGUCUCCAGUCCCAGUAACAGCCUGCGGGAGCACAGUAUGGAGUCUCUACCAGAAACAACCAUGGAGCACCAAGCUGAAAGAGCAACACUUCCUAUAAUGAAUUGCACAGCUGAAACUGUUAUGACUUCGAGUGUGCCCAAUCAGAGGACACUCGUGCUUGAGAAGAAGAAACUGGAAGAGCGUAUCUCCAAACUAAUUUCUGACAAUGACGCCUUGGUAGAUGACAAGUGCCUGGAAAAUGUGAGACCCAGGAAGACAGUGCUGUCCAAGCAAGGCAGCAUUGACCUUCCAAUGCCCUACACUUACAAAGACUCGUUCCACUUUGACAUGAAAGCAAGCAAGAAGGCAAACACUAGUGCAAGUUGGCAUAACACAGACAACAAACCUAAGCAAGCAGUGUACAAUUCAGUGCCCACUCAACACUCAACAAGUUUUGAUCAUACGCCAGUGACUCGAAGCAGUUCCUUACCUUUCAGUGAGAGCUGUUUGGGUUGGGAAAGGACUACUUCACAAAGCCUAUAUCACAGAGAGACUACUUUUUCCAGUCGGCGGGACAGUCACUUGUACACUGGAGAGUCUGCUGCAAGGUCUGUGGAUCUGCAAUCCUCAAAUCACAGGUCUCUUGUGAGGCAGGUGGCUGUUGAUUGCUUGUCAGGAGCUGAAGGCCCCUGUCAUUCUGCCUCUGUGGAGGAACGUUGUCAGAGCACCCUGAGCUCUGAAGGAGACUCCACUGAUAUCACAAAUGAGCAGAGCAGUGGAAAGUGUCGCAGGAAAAAGGCCCAGAAGUUCUCCUACAAUAAAUGGUAUAUGUAUGGGGAUGGAACAUUCAGAAAACUCUAUGAAAUGGAGAAAGGCUCUGACCGGAAUACCAAGAUAGCUGGUGGCAUCUGCAGGACAAGAAAAAAUGCACCAAACAUGGAGAGAAGAAAAGGACCAGAGGAGCCCCGUGGCAUCACUGUGAGUCCAGCUACUCCAGUUCUUAGAGCACAAAGUAUUUCUACUCCAGAUCUGAAAAUGGCAACAAAUGCAGACAUAACUCAUAACAUGUAUCGGCCAUCCUGCCUUGCUGCCAGCCUACCUGCUCGUGGCAUUGUUUCCUGUACAAAAGAAUCCAGCACCCAGGGUUCCUCUUCAGUUUCACAGAAACCAGUGCGCAAAGGGGUUUCUGACUCAUCACACCAAUUUGUAAUACGGCAAAAUACCAUCCUGGGUUCAGAUUCUUCAAAUUCCAGUGGGACAUGGUCUACUAAAGAGUUCUCUUCACUUAAAGAGGCAGAAAAUACUUCAUCAAUGUGUUUGGGUCACCUUCCAUCAGAGAGCAAGAAACAGAAGACAGAUGAAAGCUCGUGCAAACUUGGCUGUCCCACAGCUGAUUGUGAGGAACCAGUGGAUAAGGCACAGAGUACUUUAAGUCAGAAGAAUUUGAUCAGUAAGAAAGAAAAGAGGAAUAACACCGUGCCAGAUCAAGCCCAGCCACCCUUAAGCAGAAUCUGUAAUGCACAGACAGACACAGUGCGUCAAGAGAACAGGAUGAAUUUUAACCUGAGAUUCAUCAACAUGCAAUUUUGUCAAAGUCCAAUUCAGUACAAGAAACCCGAUUUAUCUGAGUCCCAAGACAAAGUGCCUGGAACAUCUGUUUCUGUUGGCAAAGGGAUACCUGUCUACUCCUCAUCUAAGCCCAGCUUCCUGCCGAAGUACCAGCUGAAACUCCCACACAGUGCAGGCCAUGGGACAUCUUCCUGUUCCCCUCAGGUGGCCGAACAGACACUCAAUGCUGAAAACACUACAACCCGAAUAGGUCCUAAAAGCAACCUACUUAGGAAAGAUACCAGCAGCCACUCUCACCUUUCAGAUUCAGAAGAACAAUCGUCAUUGAACGACAUGUUGAGUGAUGCUUGUGGAAAAGAGCACUGUAUUUUUGAAGUUGCAAUACAGGACAACAAUCCAUCAAAAGCGGCAGAGAGUAUGAAAACCAUGAAAGAAAACAUCUUUGAUACAGGAACACCUGUUGAAAUAGCUCAUUCCUCUGAUGCUUGUGUCACUGCCACUGGAUCAAAUCCAGUGUCCUCUGAUUGGGCACAGGUGAUUCCUGGGCAGGUUUCUCCAGAACCAGACACGAUAAGCCCUGUACAAUGUGUGUCACAGGAAAAUAUUAUUCAGAAGCAGCUGGUUCAGAUUAAUAGUAAUAAUAUUGAAUUCUCUGUUGAUCUUAUGGAAGAAAGCAACAUAAUGAAAAUAAUGAAGAAUGACCAGGACCUGUCUUCCACAGAAACUCUUUGGCAGCAGUCUAAAGAUUGCUUCAAUUCCUCUCAUUAUCAAUCACAUUCCUCAAGAAGAGGUCAAUUUGAGGAGCAGAAAGAUAAAUCCAGCUCAGGAGGGGUAAACACACAUUUAAAAUCAAUUUCAUUGAUACGCCAGACUUUGCCAAUUAAAGCUGAAACAGACAGUGUCAAAGAAUUCCAGAGAUCACCUUCCCCAGUGCACAGCAAUUUCCUCAGUCCACCUCAAGGAAAUGAUCAUGAUGAAAUUGUUUUGGUAAAGAAGUCAAGCCAAAGUAAAUAUAUCAGGCCCUCAAUGCAAUGGGAACUUAAUCUCCCAGAUGACAUUUCUGGCAAAAAAGAACAAGGUCUCAUGCAGAGUGAAAAAUUUCCACCAAUUAAAGAAAUAGAAAACAUUUCUUCAUCUACCGAGAACAGCAAAGCCAGUUCUUCACAAAGAACAUUUAUGCUCAACAAAUCUCUCCAGCUGUCCAAUGACACCAAAACAGGGGAGAACAUGGAGAAACCCUCACUGGUUGGACUUCAAAAUUCUCUCCCGAUUCAGAGUCUGUCAUCCUCACACUGUGAGGAGGAUCAGGGGGUCAGGAGAAUAACAUCUGAAUCAAAGAGAGUUUCUCAUUUCCUCCCACAGAAACCAGCUCCUACCACAAUGACAGAUAAUCUGACCACCAAAGACAGUAAAAUGGUUGGUUACCAACAAGAAACAACAAAAACUCACCAUCUACCGUUCUUGAAAAGUGAAAGACAAACUUCUGAAGUCAGUGAUGUGAGAGAUUCUAACAAAAAUCUUCCAUGCACAGGCAGAGCUGACACGCACACACUGAGUUUUUCAACUGAGGUGGUGAUUAGACAGAAGCAUGUGCAAGAUUUGAGUGACGUUUCGUUGAUUUUGAAGAACAAUCUCAACACUAAAGCUGGGUUACAUCAUUAUUACAGUCCCCGUUAUUGCAGAUCUUUCCAGGAAGCAAAGCAAACAUCAUUUGAAAGGGUCAGACAAAACUUCCCAACUCAAGAAGAUCCUCCUUUACAGCAUAUUUCCCACCCAGCAGAAGAAUCCCAAAUCCGGAAAGUCACUUCCACAUCAAAUGAUGUUUGUCAUCAAAGCGAUCUUCGUAAACCAGAGUUGCCCACUGCAGAGUUUCAGAAAUGUAGAAGAGAAAUCCCAGCCAGCUCAUCUACAGCAGUACAAAUCAGUAAUAGCUCAGAAGAUAAAAUGUCAAAUGUCUCACAAAGUUUGACAUCUGAAGAACUGAGUCAGUUUCAGGUAAAGGCAUUAGAACAAUAUGCAUCUCUGUCCAUGAGCAAUCAAGACACAGGAAAAAUCUCAAGUACACAGAAGGUGAGCCAGAAUAAACCUUUAUCAUUGAAGUAUGCCUCUCUUUUCACAGCCACAUCUGAGGUAGCCAGCAAGGUGACCAUUCUUUCAGAAAAAACAGACCUAAGCUCCCAGAAAAGUUUCAAAAUAUCUCCAAAGGAGAACACUGUACAGAAACAUUUUGGACAGCAAAUAUCUGUGGCAGGGCUUCUGAGGGACACAAGUAAUCUUAACAACAAAGCUCAGGACUUUUGUGAUAAACUCAACACUGUUCACAAACUUUUGCAGGGUUCUUUCACAGAUCCUAGAGGUAUCCAAACAGAAUUGAUUUCAGAAAAGCUUCCAGGCCAAGAAAAACUCACUGUUAUUCCCCCAUCUCAUUCACAACCAUUACAAAUCAAUGCAGGAAAUGUUGUACUAGAUGUCCUGAGCCAACACAAACUAUUAAAUAAGAGACUCCCAGCUAAUUUGGGAAGGCUGGAAACCAACCAUGAAAGUCAUUUAGGCAAAGUUGCCGAUCAAAAUGAGGCAUGCAAGGGAUUCCAUCAGAUUCUGUAUACUGUCUCCACAGCACAGCAAAGCCAAAUAAAUGAAAGGGAUGCUAUUGCUGUGCCACAGUACAAACAGCUGGCCCCAUUUGCAAGCACACAUAGCUGUACAGGUGGCAUGGAAAGGGAGAUGCCUGCUCAAAUCCUUCCAGCGAGCAGUGGGAAUAUAACUUUCACAAAUUCGCAAUCAGACAGCCAUGGAAAGAUGGCUUCAAAGUAUUCUGACAGUGACACAGCUGCUAUACAACACAGCGGAGAAACCAGUUGUCACUCAGUACAACUCUCAUGUAUGUCUGAUCAGAAGAAUGAUACAGAGGGUGCGUGUGAGAAACAUGAGGAAAAUCCUGCGUCAAUCCAAUGCCAUCAGCAGGAACUGUCAUCCUGUGCUGUGUCAGAAGGUGUUUGUGCAGAAAGGAUUUUGAAGAUAGCCACGAAACAAGAAGAGACAGCACCUGAUGCCAAUCCUAAUCUUCCUCACUGUAGUGUAGAAGGCAGAUCAGAAGAUGAAGGAUGGCCCUGUGAUUCAGUUCAAGAUGUCCACCAACAUGUAACAUCAGGUGAGAAACAAAAGACUUCCACUUUCCAAGCACUGAGGAAUAGAGAUAGCAGCGGCCCCACGGCACACUCAGAGUGCAGCAGCAGCAGCUUCUCGGAUUUACAAGCACUAAAGGGGCAAAACACCAAAGAUAAAGAUGUUUUGAAGAAAAUAAAAGAGAAUGCAAAGACCUCAAAAAAGAUCUCAGAUCUUUUAACCCUACAUACCAUUCAGCCUCCGGCCCAAACUACCCAAUAUAAAGAGAGGGUUCAAGUGAGUCUGAGCCAGGAAGCAAGGUCCUGUCCUACUUCAGGGCAGGAAGUAGGGGGCAGCUCCUUUCUAGACUCCUACUCUCAACCUCCAUCUACCUGUGUCCAAAAGACCUGCACCCUCUCCCUAAGCACGAUCUUCUCAAGUAGUGAGGGAUUUACACAGGGAGUGAGAGAUGGCAUCAAGAGGAUUCCUCCACUUCUAGUUCAGGAAAGGAGCCUCGUGCCUUUGGAAAAAACAUAUGAUGGCACAUUUUCAGCAGGAAGACAAACAAACUGGAAUAUGGCAUCUAGAAAACAUCCGUCUGUGAAUGAAGGUGAAGGCAUCUCUUCCAAGAACAGCCUGUGCUUUUUCCAGUCAAUUCAGGCUAGCGCAGCGGAGGUCAAAGAUGUCCGUCAAAUCAAUUCAAAUGAAGAUCCACUUCAUUCUAAACUAAGCUUGAAAGCAGCAGGACAUUCAUGCUUGGUUGGAGAUGUAGGGCACUUACAUUCAAAUAGCAACAUAGCCAGAUGCUCUUUGUGCGAGGACAACCUUUCUGUCAGAUCUGAGGACCUUCAUGAAACUGAGACCCCUACCAGAGUUGUGCAGGUCACCCUGGAGGAGACAGACACAAGCAGCAGUGAUGAUGAAGGAAAGCUGGUCAUUGAGCUCUAGCGGAGAAGAAGCUCUGGACGUCCACAACAUCAUCACAAUUUAGGUUAUGAGCUGGGGUUUAAUUAAGGAGAUAUGGAAAUGUUCAGGUUCUGAAACGCCUGGUACUACUGCAGUACUCUGAUACUUCAGCUCUUUAAAUGUCUGACUAAUUAUAAAUUCAUUCAGUUUUAUAAGAAAGGACUUGGCUGUGCCAAAGCCCUGAACUUGAGUGGACUGCAAUGCCUGGUAACUACUCUUGGGUGUAAAGACAUAAACAGUGUUGUAAAAAUGGCACUUCAAAAAUUCAGAGAAUAACCCAGCCAGUGACUGAAGCCCAGGGAGAACAGGUGGUGUGCACUGAAAGCAAAAUGAUAAGUGUCUAUAGAUAAGACAGCAGUGUUAACUUUCUUUUUUGUCAAAUAAACCUCUGAUCUGUUUGAUAUCAGUUCUGCUAAGCUGAAUGUAAACAAUAUAUCAAAGUCACAUAUUAAUGUUUUUGUGGCCUUCCAUUCUUUUUGAACUGUGGGAUG